AUGGACGACAUAGAGGAUGACAACACCAACUACUACGCCGCGCUAAACAUCUCGAGGGAUGCAAGGCCCGCGGAGGUCAAGGCGGCCUACCGCCGCCUAUCGAUGGCGUGCCACCCGGACAAGGUCACAGACCCCGAGCUGAAGCAGCAGGCCGCGGAGCUGUUCCACCAGGUCGUCGAGGCGUACGAGGUGCUGUCGAACGAAGAGAAGCGGCGCAUCUACGACGUGUACGGCGUGGCGGGCCUGAAGUCCGGUCUGGAGAUCACCACGCGCGACGACACCCUCGACGACAUCAAGCGGGAGUGGGAGCGCUUCCGGAUCGAGCGCGAGGAGGCCCGCCUGCGCCGCCAAGUGACCUCCAAGAGCGCCUUCAGCCUCCACGUGGACGCCACGCGCACCGUCCGGGGCGCACCGGUCGGCGGAGGCACCAGGCGCGAGCUGCCCUCGAUUCGCGCGCUCACGAUGUCGAGCUCGGCGUCGGCGCCCGCCGGCGCGUCCGGCGCGAUCACCGCGGGCGGCUCGGGCGCGUUCCGUAGCGACGGCGCGGGACGCGGCAACUUCAGCGCGGGCCUCAAGCAGCAGCUGACGGCGCACGACAGCAUCGAGCUGGGCGCGACGCUCGGCAUGCGGACGAUGGUGACGGCGGCGUCGACGCGGCAGCUCUCGCCGCACGACACGGCGACGGUGCUCGUCACGUGGGAGCCCCCCGCGGAGUCAGGGGGGGGACUGUUGGCCGCGAUGGGCGUGGAGGACGAGCCAGGGUGGGGCUCGAUGGGGAUGGCGAUCACGUCGCAGCGGCAGCUCGGGGGCGGGUACAGCGGCGAGGCGCGCGCGGUGCUGGGCCCGGUGCCUGCGCUGAGCGUGGCGCUGGGGCGCGGGGACGAGGUGCAGGCGUGGCAGGCGCGCAUGGACCUGGGCACGAUGAUCGGCGUGUCAGGGGCGUACGUGCGCACGCUGUCGGCGUCCACCUCGAUGAAGCUGGAAGGCAAGCUGACGCUGGCCGGGGGCUCCGUGGACGCGGUCGCGGAGCAGCGCGUGACGGCCGCGACGUCCGCGGUCCUCGGCGUCAGCGUCGGCACCAAGGGCGUCACUUGGAAGCUCGGGGUCAAGCGCGGGGGCCACAGACUUACAAUCCCAAUCAAGUUUGUCGGCGACGACGUGGCUGAGCGCGUGGGCGACGGCGUGCUGUGCGCGCUGCUCCCGCCCGUCGUCGCAGCCGCGGGGUACUUCUGCUUCUGGCGGCCGUUCCGGGACCGCGUUGCGGCAGCGCGGCGCGCGCGGGCGCGGCAGGCGCACGCCGAGGAGGAGGCGGCGGCUGCCGCGAAGGUCGCGGCGGCGGCGGAGCUGCUGAUGCCGGUCACGCGGCGGGCGAUCCGCGAGGAGCUCGAGCGGCCAGGCGGCGCGGGCCUCGUGAUCCUGGAAGCGACGUACGGCGCGCACGCGGAAGCAGGCGAGGGGGAGCCCGGGCCCGGAGACGACGGCGAGGCCGGGGCCGCGGCGACCGUGGACGUCACGGUCGCGACGCAGUACAUGAUCAGGGACGGGCGUCUCGCCAUAGCGUCCGGAGUGAAGAAGAGAGGGCUUUUCGGCUUUGCGGACCCCGCGCCGUACGAGGACAACAAGCGCCUGCGCGUGACGUACGCGUACCGCGGGGCCUUCUUCGAGGCCGACGUGGGCGACGAGGAGGCGCUCGACCUCCCCAGCGCGGCCCACAGGAUGCCGCCCGAGCGCACCGCGUCUGCGAAGCUCCUCCUCGACCUCGCCGUGGCGACCGCGCAGGCGCAGAUGCCGGUCGAGCGCGCCGACGCGCGCUCCAAGUGCUCCUGGCGCCUCAGGGCCGACCGCCCCACCGCGCUCUCCCUCGACUCCAUCGACACCGAGCUCCUCUUCGACGAGGUCACGGUGCGAGCCAACGGCAACGUCGUCGGGCGCUUCUCCGGCACGCACGCGUCGGCGCCGCUCGUGGUGCGCGGCGACGUGGAGGUGACGUUCGAGUCGGACUCGGACGUCCAGGGCUCCGGCUUCUCCAUGUCGUACGAGCCCGCCGAGACGCAGCCCGUGACGUGCGGCGACGGCGCGCCGCUGUCCUUUCACGCCCUCGCGAUCACGACCACCAUCGACGUGCCCGCCGGGGAGACGUGCGAGGUGACCAUCAUCCCGCCGCUGAGCUCGGUCUCCGGCGACAUCCUCGUGGCCGGCGCCAGGUCGGUGCAGCUGGGCGACGGCGACGCCGUCGUGCUGUCCGGCUGCGGGAAGCUCACCGCGGACUUCGACCGCGCGGCCGUGCUGCGCGUGGUGGGCACGGGCGACGGCGUCGUGCUGGGCGCUGCGUUCGGCGAGGGCCGAUCCGCGCUCGCGAUGGAGGAGCAGCACAAGUGCACGCGUCUGACCACCGUGGCGCACAGGCCGCUGGCGGUGGGACGCAACGUGCAGCAGAACGUCACCGCGACCCUGAGUCCGAUCGUCAACCCCGGCGGGAUCUCGGUGGCGGACAUCAGCGACAUUCGCGCGGCGAUCGCCGGUCAGGACGCCAUGCUGAUCAGCACCCGUGUCAUCAUCAAUUACAAUGCUGCCCCGAUUGCGGCGUGCAGCAAUGAAGAAGAGAUACUGCUCGAUGGCAUCGCGGUGACCCUCUUCAACCUCGUCAACACAACAGUCGCUGCCGCGGCCAAAGACACGGCGAUUUCCGGCCAGGCUCUGCUGACGCGACGGCGGUUCGGCAUUGUUCGUUGUGGGGAUUUGCAAAAUGGCUACACCGGGGAUUUCAGAUUCCUGGCCACACCUGUACUCGGCGCGCAGCUCCUGACGCGCGUGCAGCUCAUCGUCAACGGCACCAUCGACCUCAAGGCGGAGCUGGCGCGGGACCCCGUGGUGCUUGAAGCGCACCCUAACAUCGCUUCGUUCGGCAUCAGUGUCACUUCACCCACUACUUCCUCAGUGGUCGGCGAACAUCCGAUCAUCAACCCAGGCGGCGUGUCUGCCGGCGCCAUUCUCUUCGGCAUCCGCCCUCUCCUUAUUGGCGCCCAAGGGACACAGGUUAUCGUUCCAUCCAUCAGUGUCGGCAACGUGACGUCGCGCUGGACAUGCAGCCAGGUCUCGACGCUGUACGACGGCCUCGCGGUGGCGCUGUUCAACUUCACGGACAUCGACGUCGUGGAAGUCGCCACUCUUGUAUCCGCUCCGGAGAUCGGCCCCGAAGGCGCCCUGCUGAGCCGCGGGCCAAAGCCCUUCAGCUGCGCGAGGAUGCGGCGGUCGCUGCAGCAGAUUGGCAACGGCACGGCUGAGUUCACCUCCUACAGUUUCAAAGCCACCACCUUCCUCGGCGCGCAGCUGCUGACUCGCUUGCAGCUCAUCGCCAACGGCACUGUCGACCUGGCGGCGGAGCUGGCACGGGACCCGAUCGUCAGGGCCGCGAUUCCCGACAUUGCGUCGGUCCAGACCAACAUCUCCACGGUCACGUCGGUGUCGUUUAUUGGAGCGACUGCCCCACCGGUGACGACACAGUCGCCGCGACCGACGACGCCACCCCCGACCUUGAUCCCGAACGUAGACUUCGUUUCGCAAGCUCAGGCCGCAGUGAACGCAGAGCUGCAGGUGAUCGGCGAGCGCGCAGUGUGCGGCGGGCUGGCGUCGUGCGGUCCGGAAGGCAAUCGAGUCUACCGUGUACGUGUGCAGGUCACCACGUCCUUCUCCUCUGCGCUGAGCUGCGAGGACCGCGACAGGCUCGGCAACGCCACCGCCCGCGUGCUCUUCAACCUGGGCUCGCAAUCCGUCCUGGACGUGUACACGGCCGCUGGGCUGCUACAGGGGGAGACCCUGGGGGAGUGCACGCGGCUGCGCAUGCUGGUCGACGAGCGGGAGAUGCAGGCGACCUUCUCGUACGUCUCGACGUUCCAGUAUCACCUCACAGACCUAGAAACGACCAAUUUGUUCCUCAGAACAAGUCCUCCAGGGGUAAUCUGGUCGCUGUACUCUUCCGGCGGCUCCAGAUUCCGGUCGGAGCUGGCUCGAAUCUUCCGCUUCCCCAGGUCGGCGUCUCUCAGUUCGCUCAGCGGAACUACGGUGGGUGCGCUCGAACUUCUCACGUCCAUCGGUGCUGCGCCUGGGCCGCUCGGGGACGUGUCGGUGUCGACGGUCAGCACGAUACGCUCCGCGCUGACGGGCGGCACGGGCACCCGCGUGACAGUGCCUUGGGUUGCGUUCGAGAAGUCUUUCAGCUCAUGGGACUGUCCUCAGGUCGACGCCGUCUACGACGCUCUCGCCGUGGCACUGUUCAACUUCACGGAGCCCAGCGUGGCGCAGGCCGCGGCGGCCAGCGUGAACGGGCAGACUCUCCUGGCGCGUGGCAGCAAGCCGUUCGGCUGCGCGGAGCAGGCCAACGCUACUGCCCCGCCCGGCGUCGCAAACUUCACGGGCUUUUCGUUCCUCGCUACUGACGCCCUGGCGACCGAGCUGGCCGCACGCAUCACUCAGAUCGCGAACAGCGGGCUGUUGUUCUCGGAGAUGUCCAGGAGCCCCACGUUCAGGACGUCGGCCUUCUUCUCCUCCUCCAUCUCGCUCGGCAUUUCAAUGUCCCAGCCAGUGACGGAGGCGGGGAUCGCCGGGCCCACCAACCCCCCCUCGGCGGGCUCCACCAACAACAACCCUCCCGUGAACAACAACCCCGUCACAGGCACCUCCCCGCCGCAGGCCACGACGCUCGCCCCCACGCUUCCCCCGAAGCUCGCAACGGUCGAGGAGGCGCGGGCCGAGAUCGAACGCAUUCGCGAUGUCGCCGCACAAGGCGGCACCGUGCGGCGCGCGCAGGCGUCGACGUCGACCACGUACGACACGCAGCUCACGUGCGCGCAGCGCGAGGAGCUGCGCCUCGCCCUCGGGCAGGUGCUGUUCAACAUCGCGACGCGGGCGGUCGUGCUGGAGUACCUGGCGGCGGAGAUCCUGACGCUGGCGACCAGCGGGCCGUGCGCGCGCCGCUCCGACCGGCGCGCCCUUUCGGAGACCGACGCGGAGAUCACGCGGCGCCUGCAGCAGGGCGUGGAGUACACGACGGACGGAUCGCUCGUCGUUGCGGACCCCGCAGAGGCCGCGGCGCUGGAGGCAAGCAUCAGCUCGCUCGGCGCUGGCGGCGGCACGGCGCUGGUUCAGGCGCUGCAAGCGCUCGGGACGGUCCCUCCGACGUCUGCGAGCGCGACUGCGAGGGUCGAGACGGUCAAUGCCGCGCAGGUCGUGGCUACCGGGGGCACGGGCGCUGCGGGAGUCGCUGUCGCGUCGGCCGCGCUCGCUGCCGUCGCUGCGGGUCUCGCCCUUGCCUUCUGA